AUGAAUUCAAAGUUAAAUGAGAAGCGAAAGCAUGAAUUGGAGAAAAUUAGUCGUGAAGUGGAAAUGGAGGACCACAUCAUGUCAGUGUCCAAACUAUGCACGACCCUCAACACCAAUUUGGAUACAGGCUUGAGUCCAGUGGCAGCCAAACAAAUACUUUCAACUAAUGGCCCAAAUAUAGUGACAACAAAUAUAGCGACGGGAGAGUGGAUCAGAUUUGUUAAGAAUCUAUUCGAUUGGUUCAAUAGUUUCUUAUGGAUCGGUUCGCUCCUGUGUUUUAUAACUUAUAUAACGGAAACAUAUGAGAGUUCAGUGGACGCCCAGCCCGACGAUCUGUACUUAGGCUUUGCUCUGGCGGGUGCUGUUACGAUAUCAGGGUGCUUUAGUUAUUAUCAGGAGGCCAAGAGUGCAAACAUUUUUAUAACAUUUCGAGAUUUAAUACCCCGAUAUGUGACAGUGAUUAGGGCGGGCUCUAAGUUGAGGUGUCCCGUCAAUGAAAUAGUGGUCGGGGAUCUCAUUGAGAUACAGGCCGGGGAUAGAGUUCCUGCAGACAUCAGAAUAACAGAAUCUCAUGGAUUAAAGUGUGUCAACCCGUUAUUGAUGGGAAAUAAUGAGCCAUUCUUGCGGUCAAAUGAGUGCACGAAUACCAAUCCUUUUUUAACAAAAAAUCUCAUUUUCUUCUCAACUAAUUGUGUCGAAGAUUUCUCAGGAACUGCUCAGGGAAUUGUCAUCAAAACUGGCGAUCAUACAUUAAUGUCUCAUUUGUUGGCCAACUAUUAUCAAAGAAAAUCCACUAAAAAAUCGUCCGAGAGUUUGCUUAACAAAGAUAUUACAUUUUUCAUUCGCAUAAUAACUGCCGUUUCCCUAUUCAUCGGCGUAAUUCUGUCGAUCCUAUCGUACACUAUUGGCUAUUCAUGGCUUAACGCCAUUAUAUUUAUGAUCGCUUUAUUUGUGGCACAAAUACCGGAGGGUUUAUUCCCGACACUAUCUGUAGUCUUGAGUUUGGCUGCAAAAAGGAUGGCUUCAAAGAACUGUUUGGUUACUAAUUAUGAAACUGUGGAGACAUUAGGCCUCACUUCAACGAUAAUCACUAAUAAAACGGGAACUUUAACCCAGAAUCGUAUGAUUGUAUCACACAUUUGGGCCAAUAAUUCAGUAAUUAAUUCAGAAAACUUGUACAGACAUUCAGAUGGCUACAAAGCGGACUUGGAUUCACCGGCGUGGAGGGCACUCAUCAGAAUUGCUUGUCUUUGCAAUAAGGCUGAGUUCAGUGCAGCUCAGGCUAGGCUUCCACCUCUAAAAAGAGAAGCAAUUGGCAAUUCAACGGAUGUGGCAUUACUUAAAUAUAUGGAAAUAAUAAUCGGUUGUGUAGAGAGCUAUCGUCUAAAAUAUCCCAAAAUUUUUGAGAUUCUUUUUAAUUCUAAUGUAAGACAUUCGCUAACUAUAAACAAAUUUAGUGGAGGUUUUUGGUUAUGUAUGAAAGGAGCGCCUGAAGUGAUAUUUGACAGGUGCUCCACAAUUCUAGUUAUGGGCAAAAUUAGACCAUUUGAUCAAAAAUACAAAUCAUAUUUCAAACAUAUUCUUGAAGAAUUUGGCAGUUUUGGAGAGCGUGUUAUUGCAUUUUGUGAUACAUAUCUUCCAUAUAAUGAAUAUCCAACGGAUUAUACUUUUGACUAUGAAUUAGAGAAUUAUCCGACAAAAGACUUGAGAUUUGUUGGUUUAAUAUCUCUUAAUAAUCCUCCGCGAGCUUCAGUUCCCGAUUCGGUACACAAAUGUAGAAGCGCUGGAAUAAAGAUCAUAAUGAUUACCGGCGAUCACCCAAUCACUGCAAAAGCUAUCGCCACAGCUGUCGGAAUUAUCCCGGAUGACAAACAAACUAUGGAUGAAAACUAUAGAUUUGGUUUACGAGAUAUUCACGAAAACGAUGAAUUCACAUCUCCUGUAAUCACUGGAACACAGUUUCAAAGGCUAAGUGAUCAGCAUUUGAAUCAUAUAUUAAGUAGUGAUACGAAUAUAGUGUUCGCCAGAAUGACUCCCAACCAAAAACUGAUUAAGUGCUGCAGAAAUAAGAAAUCUGUGAACGCCGUGACUGGAGGAGACGUGUUUGAAAACGCCGACAUCCAUAUAGCGAUGGGAAUGACUGGAAGUGAUAUGAGUAAGCAGAGGGCAGAUAUCAUACUCCUUGACGAUGACUUUGCGUCGAUUGUGUCGGGAAUAGAAGAGGGAAGAGUUAUCUUUGAUAAUUUGAAGAAAUCUAUUUGCUAUACAUUGUCUUCAAAAACUCCUAUUAUUUGUCCAUUUCUUCUAUACCUAUUGAUAGACAUUCCGUUGCCUUUGGGCUCAAUAACAAUAUUAUGCAUUGAUUUGAUUACUGAUAUGAUACCUGCUAUCUCUUUGGCGUAUGAAUUCCCAGAAUAUGAUAUCAUGAAAUACAAACCAAGAGAUCCUAUAAUUAAUAAGUUAGUUAAUAAAAGACUUUUAUUUCUAUCAUAUGCUCAAUUGGGAGUCUUUGAACUUUUUGGAGGACUGUUCACUUAUUUAGUAAUUAUGAAUGAGAAUGGUUUCAAUUUAAGUUAUUUGUUAGGCAUAAGAAAGCUUUGGGAUUCUAUGGCUAUAAAUGAUUUGAUGGAUUCAUAUGGUCAGGAAUGGACAUAUAAUAGGCGAAAAGCACUGGAAUAUACGUGUCAUACGGCCUUCUUUGCAGCCGUUGUCAUCACUAAAUGGUCGGCACUUAUCUGCUGUAAAACCCGAAGAAUUUCAAUAAUAAAACAAAAAAUGAAGAACGAUGUGUUGACUUUCUCGUUAUUUUUUGAGUUGGGUUUGGCUGUAUUCCUAUCCUACUGUCCCGGACUCGACAGAGGCAUCAAUUUGUAUCCAUUAAAAUUGUACUGGUGGUUCUGUUCCAUACCUUUCGCUAUUUUAAUGAUUAUUUUUGAUGAAUUAAGAAGAUUUCUAUUAAGACGGUAUCCCAACGGUUGGGUAGAAAAUGAAACAUUUUAUUAA